GGCGGGGCGGGGGCGGGGCCGGCAGCGCCGCGUCCCGGGCCGUGCGGAGCGGCCGCGCACGCCAGCGCUCCCCGGGCGGCGCCGCCGCCGAGGGCCCCGCGGCCCUAGCGCCGCCGCCUCCUUCCCACCCAGGCUUUAGGUCGGCACCGGCCCGGAGCCCGGGAGCAUGGCCGCGAUCCCGUCGAGCGGCUCGCUCAUGGCCACGCACAACUACUACCGAAGGCGCCUGAGCUCGACGUCCAGCAGCAGCUCCUGCGGCAGCUCGGACUACGCCGGGGAGGUGAUCCCGCACCCGCCGGGUCUCCCCAAGGCGGACCCCGGGCACUGGUGGGCCAGCUUCUUCUUCGGGAAGACCGCUCACCCCGCCAUGACCACGGUGGCGGAGUCCCCGGAGCGCCCGGGAGCCGUGCAGGCGGCGGGCGACGGGCCGGUCUGCGGCGCGGUGCCGGCGGCCGGGAGGAAGCGCCACGCCAGCGAGCCCAGCCAGCCCCGCGCCGCCUCCUGAGGAAAAAGCAAGAAAAACCAAAAAAAGUUUCUACACCAGCCUUUUUACUGUUUUGUAACGCUGUGUUCUUUCCGUGCAGACUCGGUAACGCGUUUGUUUAUUUGUACAACGGCAACUAAUAAACUCGAGCAGCCUUUUAAAA